UACUAAAUUGUUCAUCUUAUACUUAUUAAAUAGCUAAGUAAUUAAUUAAACUCAUCAUAAUAAAUUAAUAAUGGCUCUUCCUUCUCAUUACCGCUUUUCUUUAGUGUUUGUUUUGAAUUUUGCUCUUCUUUUUAAUAGUUGUCUUUGUUUCAACCCUAAACUUUUGAAUGUGUCCAAAUAUUACCAUGACUCUUAUUCCAAUUGGUCCCCUGCUGGUGCUACUUGGUAUGGAAGUCCUGAUGGCGCCGGAAGCGAUGGUGGAGCGUGUGGAUAUACGAAUACGGUGGAUAAACCUCCGUAUUCUGGCAUGGUUACAGCAGCUGGAUCCUCAUUAUAUAAUUUUGGUGACGGAUGUGGAGUUUGCUACGAGGUAAAAUGUACGGAAAAUGAAGCAUGUUCGGGAAAACCAGUGACAGUGACGAUAACAGAUGAAUGCCCAGAUUGCCCUUCGGACGAACCUCAUUUCGAUUUGAGUGGAACAGCUUUUGGAGCCAUGGCUAAGCCUGGCCAAGCUGAAAAACUACGUGAUGCUGGUGUUCUUCACAUCCAACACCAAAAGGUAAAAUGCAACUAUCCGGGAGUAACCGUGGAAGUAAGAGUGGAUCCGGGUUCGAACCCGUACUACUUUGCAUCAACAAUCGAGUAUACUGAUGGUUUAGGAAUUGAAAGUGUGAAAUUAAAGCAACAAUCAGGUGAAUGGAUCCCCUUAAAACAAUCAUGGGGUGCAGUUUGGGAGGUCAAUGCAGAUAAUGGUCUUCAUCCUCCUUUGUCUUUGGAAUUAAUUGAAGCUCAAUCUGGAGACACCCUUACCUUAAAUAAUGUCAUCCCUAGGGGCUGGAACCCGGGCCAAACCUAUCGCUCUCAUGUUAAUUUCAAUAACUAAUUUAAUACUCCGUAUAAUCAUACGUGUGUUUAUGAUUUUCCGAAAAUUAUAAAUUAGGAUGAUGCAGCCCCGAUAUAUAUAAGAGGUGGCUUAUAUAGUGGUGUGUGUAUUGUAUGUUGGUUGGAUGUAGGUUGUGGAAUGGAAAUUGUUCCCACCAUCCCCUAUAAUGUUGAAUCUAUCUAAAUAUAAUGUAAACUUUUACUUUUGUGUACACAUUUAUAUUUUGAAAGUGUGGUCACUAGUCACACUACUUUACUUUGAAUAUCAUUUAUCUUUAAGAGAAUGUGUGUCAUUUGAAAGGGUUAUAAAAAGACAAAUAUAGUUCUUUUAAUCUUUUAUGUACUUGCACUAAUUUUAUAAUCUUAUUAGCAACAAUUUAUAUGGAGCUACAUCUCUUAUUUAGUAACUAGUUGUAACUUGUAAAUACCACA